AUGUCCAAAACCAAGCUUCGCGUCGGAAUUUCCGGUCUCGGUCGCAUGGGCAAACGCCACGCUGUGAAUUUCCACGAGCUCACUACCCGAGCCAAUGUGAUUGCAGCAAGCACACCCGAUGCCGAAGAGCGAAAAUGGGGAGCUGAAAACCUGGAGGGAGUGGAGAUCUACGCAGACUACGAUGCAAUGCUGGAGCGGAAUGACUUGGAUGCUAUUGUUGUUGCAAGUAUCACUGCUGUUCAUGCCAAGCAAGCAAUCGAGGCAAUUAAGAAGGGGUAG